AUGACGGCCUCCGCGACGAUAAAUUGUACAGUACAGAGUUCGCAGGAGGGGCAAAGCGAACACAAGGGCGUGGAGCACAUCAACACAGCUGAGACUGCACCCGACGGCAGGAAAAAAGAAAAGUGGAGAGAGGACGCGGUGCGGACUGGCGGGGACAUCCCGGCACGCCUCGGCGACGAUUAUCGCUCUCUCUCUCCUCCUCCCACCACCGUCUGUCCCUCCAUGGCCGCCGCCGCCGCACUCAAGGACGUGCCCCGCGCUGCAUCAGAGCAUCCCAGCCCCCGCUCGCCCUCGCCCGUCGUCGAGAGGUCGCCCGCGCCCCAACGCCCGCCCAGCGACGCCCCCGCGCGCCAGGCGUCCCUCGCGCCCUCGCGCGACCCCACGCCCGCCGUCGACGCCGCCGCAACGCCUGCAGCGCCCGCAACCCCCGCGCCCGCGCCCGAUGACGACGAUGCCGAGGCCGACCCGUCCGAGACGAUCGAUAUCGAGACGUUCCACCAGAUCCUCGAUCUCGACGAGGACGACACGCACGACUUCUCCAAGGGCAUGGCCUGGGCGUACUUCACCCAGGCCAGCACGACCUUCACCGAGAUGGACGAGGCAUACACAAAGAAGGACCUCGCGAAGCUGUCGUCGCUCGGCCACUUCCUCAAGGGCUCGUCCGCCGCGCUCGGGGUCGCCAAGGUCCAGGCGACCUGCGAGCAGAUCCAGCAUUACGGCCAGCUGCGCGACGAGGAGUCCGGCACCGACCUCACAGAGGAC